AUGUUUAAUAUACCUGAACGAGGUGGACGACCACAAAAUUUACGAAUUCAAAUACCUUCACCACCCCAAGAACAUAAUACACGAGCCCCACCUCCACUACAGUUACAAAUAAAUCCCAAGAAGGAUCGAAAACCUCCUGAUUUAAGUCUAUACACUCAACAAGCUGCUAUCACAACCACCACCAAUACCACUGUACAUCCACGAGAUUUACCACUUGAAACAUUAGGUUCAUCAGGACUUGAAAGUUUAGCAUUAAAUAAAGAGAUUUAUGAUGUAGGAAGUCUUGGUGCCGGUGCAGGUGGGUGGGUAUCUAAAUGUGAAAUUCGACCUAAUGAUCCAAAUCUACCUAAAAAAAUAUUUGCUAUAAAGACUUUACCACCUGGACCUAGAGAUAUAGAAUUGAAAGAAUUAAUCAUUAAUGAAAGAUGUAAUUCUCCUUAUAUUGUCAAAUAUUAUGGUACAUUCCGUCAUGAAGGGAAUAUCUGUAUUGCCAUGGAAUAUAUGGAUGCAAAAUCAUUACAUGAAGUUUAUAAUAGAGUUAAAAGUGAAGGAGCAUUCUUACAUGAAAGAGUGUUGAGUGAAAUUGCACGUUCGAUAUUAUUAGGCUUGAAAUAUUUAAAUGCUCAACGAAUCUUACAUCGUGAUAUUAAACCAUCUAAUAUCUUAUUCAAUCUUAAUGGUGCUAUCAAAUUAUGUGAUUUAGGUAUAAGUCGAGAUCUUGAUGGAACUUUAGCAUCAACUUUCGUAGGGACGAGAAAUUACAUGGCUCCAGAACGAUUAUCGGGGGAGAAAUAUGGUGUCAAUUGUGAAACUUGGUCAGUAGGUAUCACAAUUCUUGAAGCUGCAAUUGGAGAACAUCCAUUACCAGAACAUGAUGAAUUCGUAGCUAAUUAUGAUAAAUUAGCUCCACCUCAAUUGACGGAUUUACCAGAUUAUGGAGUAAUGUGGAGUCCUGCUUUUAAAGAUUUUAUUAAUCAAUGUUUAAAAGUUAAUGUUAAUGUACGACCUAGUCCAACUCAAAUGUUGGAACAUCCAUGGAUUAAGAACCAACAAGAUAAACCAAUUGAUAUGGGAGCGUUUAUCAGACGGGUCUGGCAAUAA